UUCUCUCUCUCUCAUCCUUUCUUUCUCUCACUACCCUCUCCCUCUCUCUCUGGAUUCUCUCAGCUUUUGGGGAGAAAGACAUCUCUUCAGAGUCUCAGAUUCGGAUCCGUAUAUUGAAUCGCCGGAUCUCCAUCUGUCUGAUCCUGAUCCUCAUCCUACUCCUCAUCCGAUUCGAUUCUCUGUCAGAGCCUCUGCAAUACUAGGAUUCCGGCGAUAGAUCCUUCAUUUCGAUUUUGAUUUUUCCCCUUUUUUCAAAUCGGCUCGAGAUACUUUUUUCUUACUUUCCUGCUACUUUGAUCCGUCUCGUUUUUCGUAUCGAUGAAUCGGAUUGCCUGCGAAGUAAGGAGUCCGAUCAUUUUGUUCGGAUGGAUUUUAGCUUUAGACAUAAUUUAGUGUCUCUGUUUCGUUAGUUUUGAUUUUAUCGUGAGCACACUGGAUACGUUUUGUUCAACAAUUUGUGGUUAAUAUCAGCAUAAAUCUUUUUAUUCGUCCGCAUGGGUAGGGUUUUGUUAUGUCAAACUUGUUCUUGUUUGAGUUGUUGUCGUGUAAUAUCUGGACCUUGUAUGUAGAAGACUGGCAUGUGAUUUUCGAAUCGUGUUCUGUACUCGUGAAAUAUCUAAUCUCCCUCCAGUCCAAUCAAAUCUUUGUACGGACGAUGUAUUUUGAGAUUUCUGAUACAAGUAGUUCACUAAUGGCAGACCAAUUCUUCUUAUUGAUGCAGUUCCAACAUUUCAUGGAGAAACUUGUUUGAAGGGAGACCCAUCCCUCUUAAAUGGUAAGCAGCAUCUUCAUAAGGAGUGUCAUUGUUCAGGCUGGUCAGAUACGAGUUUUGGCUCAAGGAAGAGAACAGUUUAGCAACAUUAAGAAGACCUUGAGCUUCGGUUUUGGCUUAAGCAGUAAGCAGAAUUUCGGGUAUAAAACCAGCACAAAGAUGAUGGUUGAUUCAUCUACAGUUGAGAAACGGGUAUCCAUUGUUGAUAUGUUGCCUGAGAAAGUUGAUGAUGGUGGAUACAUCAGUGGCGGAUGGAAAUGUGAAGAUGGAAAGUUAAGCUGUGGGUACUCAAGUUUCAGAGGGAAAAGGUCUACAAUGGAAGACUUCUAUGAUGUCAAAGCUGCCAAAAUUGAAGGCCAAACAGUUUGCAUGUUUGGAAUUUUUGAUGGUCAUGGAGGUUCACGUGCUGCGGAGUAUCUGAAGGAACACCUCUUUGAGAAUCUUAUGAAGCAUCCACAAUUCAUGACAGAUACCAAGCUGGCAAUAACUGAAACAUACAAACAAACCGAUGCAGCAUUCCUCGAAUCAGAAAAGGAUACGUACAGAGAUGAUGGUUCCACAGCAUCUACUGCAGUGUUGGUGGGUAACCAUUUGUAUGUUGCAAAUGUCGGAGACUCACGAACAAUCAUUUCAAAAGCUGGGCAAGCUAUCCCUCUGUCUGAUGAUCACAAGCCAAACAGAAGCGAUGAGCGGAAGAGAAUUGAAAGUGCAGGAGGUGUUAUCAUGUGGGCAGGAACAUGGAGGGUGGGUGGUGUAUUGGCCAUGUCCCGUGCCUUUGGUAACCGUAUGCUGAAGCAAUUCGUCGUUGCUGAACCUGAGAUUCAGGAUCUAGAGAUAGACCAUGAAUUUGAGCUCCUCGUGCUUGCUAGUGACGGGUUAUGGGAUGUGGUUCCAAAUGAGGAUGCGGUUUCGCUUGCUGAAAACGAGGAAGAGCCCGAGGCAGCUGCCCGUAAGCUAACGGAAACAGCCUUCACCCGUGGCAGUGCGGAUAACAUCACAUGCAUUGUGGUGAGAUUUGGUCAUAAUAAUGAUAAAACCGAAUCACCAGAACCCGAACCCGAACCGGAAGUGAAACCCAAACCCGAAACGAAAAUCGGAGAAACCCAGUGAGUAAAGUGAAGGGAAAAGAGAGCGUGUGGGAGAUGCACAAACCCAUAACUGGUGAGUAAAUGUGAGAAUUUUUGGGAAAGAGAAAAAUGUUUUAGACGCGAAAGAGAGUUUGAAAGCGCUCCCUAAAUCAUCUGUCUUCUCCAAUUUGUUUAUUCAUUGCUCUCUAAACACUGCUUUGGUGUCUGUCUUCUCUGUCUCUGCCUGUUUUUUCCUUUGUUUCUCCAUCUCACAGAGGGGUUCAUGAUGCUGCUUAUAUAUAUAUAUAUAUAUUUGAUUAGUGAUUAUAUUACAAUGUUUUAUCUC